UUGUUUAUAGGGUAUUUAAGCCGGGCAAAAGUGUGUUGCGUGGCGUCACAAAGUUGCUUGAACCAACAAUAACUACACCUGCAACUGCAACUGCAACAAAUGCGGCGCUGCAGCAGCGGCCACAGCAACUGCUGCUUGUUAUAGCACUCAGCUUUCGGACAAAGCAGCAGCAAUUGCCACUGCAACUGCAGCAGCAACAACAACAACAACAACAGCAGCAGCAACAACAACAACAACUGUUAAGGCUAAGAGCAAGAGGUACCAGCAAAAUGGCAUUGAAAGCACAAGCACAAGCUCAGCCAGAAGAAGAAGAAGAAGAACAGCAGAAACAGGAACAGCAACAACAACAACACGCAAAGUGGCAGCAAAAUGCAAGCAACAACAACAAUCACAGCAGCAGAAACAACAAUUGCAGUUGCCGGCAACAGCAACGGAAGCAGCAGCAACAACAACAGCAACAACAACAGCAACAACAACAGCAGCAGCAUUCACAUUGGAUUAAACAGCUGCGACUGGUCUGCAUUGUUCUAUGGGCGCUACUCUUGCCCCUGCCCAGCCACGCCCAGCAGCAAAAGUUUCGCACAACGCCGCACGAUCUGCAAGUGCUGGAGGGCGCCGAGGCGAUGAUGCGCUGCGAGGUGGCCAACGUGGCCGGCGCCGUGCAGUGGACCAAGGAUGGCUUCGCCCUGGGCUUCUCAGCGGUCAUACCCGGCUUUCCGCGCUACUCCGUGCUGGGUGAUCGCAAACAGGGUGUCUACAAUCUGCGCAUCUCCAAUGCCUCCAUCAACGAUGAUGCCGAGUAUCAGUGCCAGGUGGGGCCAGCGCGCCUCAACUCGGCCAUUCGGGCGAAUGCCAAGCUGACUGUCAUAUCGCCACCCUCAUCGAUCGAGAUCAAAGGCUACAGCCACAACUCCAAGGUGGAGGUGCGCGAGAACCAGGACCUCACGCUCAAGUGCAUCGUGGCCAACUCGAAGCCGGAAGCGCAAAUCGUUUGGUAUAGAGGAAACGUCGAAUAUAAGCCAGAUAAACGCGACGAUAAGGUGGAGGAAUCGACACCGAAACGCUAUACGACAACCUCCAGCCUGAAGCUGAAGCCCGGCGCGAACGAUGACUAUACGGAAUACACCUGCCAAGCGAAGCACAAGGCGCUCUCGCCGGAUAUGCCCAUGCGUGCCACCGUGCAACUGUCCGUGUUGUAUCCACCCGGACCACCCUAUAUCGAGGGCUAUUCGCCCAGCGAAACACUGCGACGCGGCCAGACUGUGGAGCUGAUUUGUCGCAGUCGCGGCGGCAAUCCGCCCGCGCAGCUCAUCUGGUAUAAAAACAACUCGCAGAUACGUAUGGCCUACAGAACCUCGGGCCGGCUGUCGGAAAACAUUUACACAUUUACCGCCGAGGCGGGCGACAACAAGGCGCGUUUCCGAUGCGAGGCGAGCAAUGUGAUGUCCCAGACACCGCUCAAGGCGGAAGUGGAUUUGACUGUUCUAUUCGCACCUUCGCAAGUGACAGUGACGGGUCCGACGGAGGCACGCGUCGGCGACGUUGUGCCCCUGGCGUGCGCUACAGCGCCAUCGAACCCGCCCGCCGAGAUCAAGUGGAUGGUUGGCGGCCGGCAGAUACGCAAUGCCACAUCCAAGACUGCCGUUAGUGCCGAGGGCGGCUGGACAACCAGCUCGAACAUCACGACCAUCGUGGAGCCCAAUAAGCGUUCCCUGGUGGUCAUCUGUCAUGGCCUCAACAUGCAGCUCACGGAGAAUGUUGUCUCCACGCACACAAUUAACGUUCUAUAUCCGCCCGCGCCGCCAUUAAUUUCGGGCUAUAUGGAGGGACAAAUUAUACCAGCCGGCUCGGUGCAAAAACUGCUCUGUGUCUCAUCGGGCGGCAAUCCGCUGGCAACGUUAACGUGGUAUAAAAACGACAAGCGGAUCAACUCCGUCAUUCGGGCCGCAGACAAAUCUGUUUCGGCCGAAAUAACUAUUUUGGCCAACGUCACCGACAACCAGGCGCAAUACCGUUGCGAGGCCUCGAACAGCGCCACGGAGAUACCACUCUUUGAGUCUACGACGCUGAGUGUUCACUUUGCGCCAGAGACGGUAAAAAUACGCAUUGAACCGGAAGAGCUGCGACCUGGCAUGGAGGCAACCAUCAUUUGCGACUCGAGCUCGAGCAAUCCACCGGCAAAGCUGUCCUGGUGGAAGGAUGGCAUUUCCAUUGAAGGCAUUAAUAACACGUCCAAGCCAGGCCUCUGGGGCGGCACGGUCUCCACGCUCGAAUUCAGGCUAAACAUUACCCAGGAAAUGAACGGUGUGGUCUACACUUGCCAAAGCGCCAACGAGGCAUUGCAGCGCAGCGUCCACGAGGCAAUCAGCCUGAAUGUGCUGUAUCGUCCCAAGUUUGUGCCGCCGCCCUCGUCCACGUCAGUUGGGUUAGAGGGCGAGUCCUUGCAGGUACCGCUGCAGGCCAAUGCAAAUCCUGCGCUAAUAAGCUACACUUGGACAAAAAACGGCACACCCAUACCGCAAGACACCAGCGGCAGCGUCUCCGCCGGCGAGCAUCGCAUCUUUGCGGAUGGCGCUGUUCUCAACUUUACCAAAUUGCAUCGCGAAGAUUCCGGCAUCUACUCCUGCACGGCCAGCAACUCCCAGGGCAAGGCCAGCAUCAACAUAACCGUUGUGGUGGAAUAUGGCACCGCCAUUAAGUCCGUCUCGGAGAAUAUCAUUGUCAAUCCGGGCGAGGAUGCCAUGUUGUCCUGCACCGUAGAGGGAAAACCGCUCGCCGACGAGCAUGUCAAAUGGGAGCGAGUGGGCUACGAUAUGAAAGUGAAGACCACAACAACCUUUACUAAUGGCACCGCCUAUCUGCACAUUAAGAACGCGCAGCGUGAAGAUGUCGGAAACUUUCGUUGCGUGGCCGACAACCACGUGGCCAAUCCCACCAAUAGAGAUGUGCUGCUUAUAGUCAAAUUUGCGCCGGAGAUCGCCAAGUCGCCGACGCUGCUGCGAGCCGCGAGCGGAACUGGGGAGCGGGGCCGACUACCCUGCCGAGCGCAGGCCUCUCCUAAGCCGCAGUUCAUUUGGCGCCAGGACGGCAAAGAUCUGCCAAUCAAUCACACAUUCAAAUACGAGCUGGAGGAGCGUAAAAUCGACUCGCUCACCUACGAGUCCUCCCUGAUUGUUGAGAAGGUGGCACCCGCCGACUAUGGCGCCUACGAAUGUGUGGCACGCAAUGAGUUGGGCGAGGAUGUCGAAACGGUUCGUCUGGACAUUACCUCCCAGCCAGAGCCACCGCUCAGUCUUAAUAUACUGAAUGUCACCCAUGACACUGUCACCGUAGCCUGGACGCCAGGUUUUGAUGGCGGCCUAAAGGCCUCCUACCGCGUGCGAUAUCGGAUGGCCGACCGCGAGCAGUACAAAUACAUUGAUGGGCUUCCCAACAGCCACAAGCUGACCAUCGGAGGGCUGCGGAUGAAUACGCUGUAUCUGUUUUCGGUCAUGUCGUGGAAUGAUUUGGGCCAGAGCUCCUACCUGCCGGAUUUGGCGCGUGCCCAGACCAAAGAAGCGCCGCCUCCCUCGCAACCGGCUUCCUCGCUGGGCGGUGGACCGCCAACCACUAGUCAGACACCCCUGGGUGGCACAUCGGGCAUACUGCUAGUCGGCAUCGCGGCAGGAAUUACAUUGGUUCUGCUCAACGUGUUUCUCAUCGGCUGCUGUAUUCACAAGCGCAACGAGAAGCGUCUCAAGCGAGUGGCGGAAACUACAAAUCAACCAGGCAAAACGGCGACCAUCGAAAUGUACGCGCCCAGUUCGUACAAUGACACCGUCACCGGCGAGACACUGUCCAGCGUGUCGGAGAAGAGCGAGUCCUACUCCAAUGAGGGCAGUCAACCGGAAUAUAUUGACGAAUCACGCAAGAAGGCGGCAUCGACAUAUCUAGUUGAGAGCACGGACAUGCCACCACCCAGAUACCAAAAGGAUGGCACACUGCCAGCAUUAUAUCCAAAUAAUAUGGUCAACGCCUGCACGCUACCACAUCCGCGGCAUAACAACGGGCACGCGGCCGCUAUUGCCGCCGCCGCCGCCGCUGGCCACAUGACGCGCGACGAUCAGAUGCUCAUCAGCAAGGGCGUCUAUAUUCCGUCCCCUUCGCCAGCACCGCCAACGGAUGGCUCCUACUACAACAUGAACAGCGACAGAUAUUUGUCGUAUCCGCCAAUGGAAUACCCGGCAACGCUGGACUUCAGUGGGCCGCCGCUGCCGCUGGCGCAUCUGCAGCCGAUGCCCAUUACGGUGACCUCGCAGGCGGCGCUGCUGGCGAGCAAUGGAGGCGCCACGCUCAUGGGCAAUGGCAGCGCCGUGGGCGGUUCGGGCACAUUGCGCCGCGGCAUAUUGCGCGGCGUUGUGGGCGUGCCGCCACCCGAUGUUACGCAUCACACCUCAGCCGGCGGCACGCCAUCCAUGCAAAUCAUGCACGACCUGCAUCCGGUCAAUCUCAGCGCGACAACGCUGACAACUAGCACCACGCUCAAUGGCAGCAUGACGACGGCCCUGCCAUUGACAACGGCCACGCUGCCUCGCCAGCCGCACGGCAUCCUCAAGGAUCCUAAUCGCAACAAGCAGCAGCAACAGCAGCAGCAACAACAUCAGCAGCAGCUGCUUAACGCCAGCCUGGUGGGCGUGCCCGUCUCUGCGACCGUUGGCAGCCUCCAAAUACUGAAUCUGCCCGUGACCAGCGCGGCGCUGGGCAACAACUUGCUGAUGACAACCAGCGCCACCUACGACCCCGCCUCGCUGAGCAGCUUCAAUGCGAGCGGAGCCGGCGGCGUGCCGGUAGCCUACACAGAUGCGGACGGACAUCUCGUAUAGCUAUAGGCAGAGACUGGGGCCAGCACUGAAACCCGGUACUGAGCAGCCAGCCCCCAGACGGGGAGACAGAAGAU